CAACGCUAAUAUAAUCGGCAUUUUCAUUUGUAGAGAAAAUUUUAGUUUUUCACAAAUUAAUUCAUAUCUAAGAAGUAAAGAUGCCAAAGGGACGCGUAAGCAAUGUGUGGCAGCACUAUGACAUCAACGAGGAUUGUGAAAACUUUGCGAUAUGCCGCUAUUGCGGUAAUAAUAUAUCGCGUGGUGGCAUGGCCAGCAAUUUGAAGGGGAACAAUACCACCAAUUUGUGGACGCAUCUGCGCCACAAGCACAGCGACGAGGUGAUCGUGAAUCCGGUGCAGAGCCGCCAAGGGCGUAUAAUUCCCAUUAUUAAAAAAGAGAAAACCGUGCGAAUUACCAAGGCCAAGCAGCUGGUACGGGAGCCAUUGCAUGUGGCCAAGCCGAAGAUUGAUAGGCAGUCCAGCGCGUACGUAGGCGAGGCUGGAGCACUCCCGCAGAAGUGGGAGGAGUAUGAGCAGAACGAUGAGAUCAGCGAGGACAUCAAGGACAUUAUCUACAGCGAAGAUCCGCUCUGCUACAGCCCCAUACAUGUUAUGGAGGAGGAGGUUGCCCUCGAGUCUGGCGCAAAGGUCACCGUGCUGAACCCCAACGGCCAGACCCGCGCCACCAUAAGCGCCGCACCAGUCGUGGCCACUGUGGUGGCCUCAAACCCCAACACGUCCAACGCGGCCAAACAGCUGAAGAACAACCUGGAGACAUCCAUCGACCGCCUGACCACGGUCAGCGAGCAACUGAGCUACAUUAUUCAGCAGAACCACGAGGAGCAUAGCAAGGAUGACGACUACUACUUCGCCCUGAGCCUUGUGCCCAGCAUGCGCCAGAUGUCGCUGAGCCGCAAGCUCUAUGUGCGCACCAAGAUCCAGGAAGUUAUCUUCAAGGCAAGCGAGGAAUCCGGCUCCGCCAAGGACGAAUGAAUUGUAUAGAUUAAGUGUGGCUACCAAGAAAGCGAAAAAGGAAGCCACAUAACACAAAGAUGAAUGUGUUUGAAUGUGUUACUUGCUCGUUCGGUUUUUGGGUAGCUGCAUUUAAUCGAUUAGGCUAACUUUACGACUUUAUGUAUUUUGUAAAUCCACUUAAUAGAUUAUCCUCGAGUACGAGGCUGCAUCAUUUUUAUCAGCAUUAAUGUAAAAACUUUAUUCACAACUAGAAUAAAUAACCAAAUAAAGAUCUGACAGAGAAAACAAUAAAAGAAAGAGAGAGAGGGAGAUAUAUAGUGGAAAAGCUGCAUUCAUCUUCAUAUUAUUGAUGACGUUUAUUUUAAAUAAAUUUUAUUUAAAUAACUUGUUAAGAUUUACAAAACAGAGAGCGUUGCUAGAUUAGAAUUAUAAUUAUUAUUUGUAUAUUAUGUUAUAAUUUACAAAUCGAUUUUUGCGGCUAAGUUCUGUCUAUGCCAAUCUCUUAUAAAUAUGUAUGUGCAUAUCCCUAUCGGCAUAUCGGUAUGGAGGCGAUUCCUCUCGCUCGUCGAGUAGAUCUAGACGUACAAGCAUACAAUUACAUUAUAUAAU